GAGCCACUUCAACGGGAGCUUGUGCAAAGGGCACGCGGUGGACUUUGCGCGUGAUGUGCAAGCACUUGGGGGUAUUUGUGGCUGCGAUCGAUUAUGCUAUCUAGAGGACGACUGCACCGGCCACGAGGAGCCCACUCAAAAUGGGACGAUCUGGUGUCAUUCCCCGGGCAGUGAGCGCUUGUUCCCGACUGCCCCCUGGUGGAGGAAUCGGGUUUACAUGAUUUUUAUUGUGCCUGUUGGCAUUUUUCCUCCACCGCCGUGCCUUUGCUUUCUAAUUUGACCCAGUUGAUGAACUGUUGGUAGAUGGGUCUGUAAAAGUAAAACAAAUGAGAGUCACGCUGCGCAAUGUGUUGUCUGGACCCGAUGGGCUCCACUGAGGAGCCAUCUGUUCUGUUUGGGGAAAGAUUAAGAACUCCUUCGUCUGAUGUCUCCAGUCUUGAUUAGUUUCUGGAUUAUAUCUGAGAGAGAAAAUAAAGUUCAGAGUAAGGAUUAUGUUUUUUUUUUUUUUCAGUGUUGUUUUAAUACACAUUACAUUUCCGGCACAGUUUCUUCACAAAUACCAGCUCAUCCUGUUUUUGUUAUUAUUUUUUUUACUGCAUAUUGUAAAGAAUGAGACACUUGUGGGUGUUCAUUUGUAAAGUGGGCCUGUAUCUAAUGCAACUUCAUCUUGGGUAACGUAGCGGCUGAAGAGGAUUACGCUGCUGCUGCCGCCACGGAAACUUAGUGGCCGGUGGAAUGAGAGACGAGAGAGGGGUGGGGAGUUGAGAGGAGAAACGGACUGAGAGGCGAUUAAAUCAGGACACACGGACAAUCUUCGCCUACCCUGCAGACACAAGGGACACCAGUUUUUUGAGGUGACACAGAUUGUUAAAAAGUCCUCCCAGUCUGCAGCAAUGAUGCACCCUUUGAUCAUUGCUAUUGUGACUGUGAACACCUCUCUAACCAUCGUCUAUUGGGCCUUCAUGCUGAGUGACGCUUACUUCAGGUGGCUGACAGAACCAGAAGACAAACCCAAGAAGGUGGUCACCCCAGCCUGAAAGAGCCACAGUCACUAUGGACUAACUUCAUUAUUGGGUUACUGUUUUUGCGUAGUGAGCAUCAGCCGUCCAGCUUCUAGUGCUUUCUGGGACGUCUGAUUUAGCAACUGAUCUGCUCUCUUUUUCACUUGGAGGGGACAUUGAAUCUUACUUCCAUUUUUUUGCUGAACUGAAUGGAUCCUGCAAUCAAAAGAGAAAGUCUGUUUUACAGUUUUGCAAAGUUCCCGAGCCACCAAAAGACAAUAAAUCUAAAGAGUAGAGGAGCAAUCUACAUCCCGAAGCUUCACCGAGAAGAUCUGAGAGGAGGAGAGCUGGGUUUUGGAUCACUGUCUACCUGCCUUCAUCAUUGAUGAGCCGUUUCUGUACAACACGCCACGCCCAUUUGGAAGUCCUUUCAAUUUCCAGUCAAAGAAAAACAUUUAUGGAGCAGUUGAAGUCUUGGCUACAAGACUGGAUUCUUGGCCCCAAACCAGUCGGGGUUGAUUCAGAGGAAGGGAGAGCAGAACUAGAAGAAGAACCCCGACUGAGUAUUUGCAGUAAACUGUUGGAGAGAGACGGGCUGCAGAUGGAAAAGGAGAAUGGCGGCCCGCUGCCCGGGUUCUACCAGGGAGACGCAGGCUGCCAUCAACCAUCCAUCCCUCCUCCACUGAGAAGCUCCAUCUCUGCAUCCUACCCUGCAGAGAAAAGAAUGUCCAUUUAUAGUGUGACCUUCUCCUGCCCCAUGACCCCGUAUGCCACCUCCCUUUGAGUUUCCACUGCAUGCAUCCAUACUAACGUAUCUUUGUUUCAUGUAAAACACAGUUAUAGUUUAUCCUCAUUUUAUUUGCUUUAACUUUUUAUUUUAAAUAUAUGUACACACGGUCCCAUUAUGUCAUUCCAAAUAUAUUACACUUUAUUAUUUUGUGCUGCAAACAUUUCAAACAACAUUUCAAGAUGUGCAUGUUCAGUAAAAAUUAAUUUGAUUAAAAACGCUGAUAUUUCAAUCUUAUGACCUAGUAUGCAUGUAUCUAUAAGACUAUAUAUGUAUACUACAUAAAAAUAUCAAGACGGCUCAGUAAAAGUGCAUAUAUGUUGUAUGUAUGUCAUUUCGCUGUAUUUCCUUUACAUACCAGUCAGACUUUCUUAACCUGCAUUUUCUGUUUGUCACACGUGUUGCUGUAAUGUGUCAGGUACGAACCAACAGGUCAGUUUGAUCUGUUCUGGUGUUGGACUAAGCUUAUCUCCAGUAAACAACUGAGUAAAACAAGAGUGCUGUUUUGUCUGGUCCUUUAAUCCAUCUUACCGUCCCCUAAUACUUGCAUAUGAGAGGGGCCGUGACCUUGUUUGUCAAUGUCAUGGAUUACUGUACAUUAGUCAUAUCAAAUACUGUUGGGUAAGGAUGUAAGCUAAAGGUUUAUAGAUGGAUAAAUGGAUAUAUAGAUAGGUAGAUGGAUAGAUAGAUAGGCAUCUAAUAACGACACAACUGAAAUCAAUGUCCUUUACUUUACGUAUCUUGUAAAUACUCAUUAGGAAAACCAUGCUUCCUACGUCAUUCCUCUGACCUUUUCUACCUCAAGCCUCUGCAGCCUAGUUUUCUUCUACGCUCCACAAGCAAACAGAUACAGGUACUUUACUUAAGCUUUACUUGCUUAUAAUGUUGCAAGGAGUGUGAAGACACCCUGUCAAUUGGAGGAGUGCUUCCGGCUACUCCGCAGUAAUGUAGAGAUUUUCAUUCACAUUCUGCAUGCAAAACUUUAGUUGGAAUUAUAAUGUAUGCUGAUCGUGUUACAUCAUGUGUUCUUUUGCUACAGCGAUGACUCUGAGAUAUUAAGGGGAUUCUCAGGCUGACAGCGGCUUCGAAGACUCUCAGUCCGCAAUGGAGGUGAUGGAGGACAACCUGAAUGUCCGUUACGUGGAAGACGACGGGACGGUGUUGUUUGAGAGCUACAUACCUCCCUCUCGGGAUGCCAUCCACCUGCCCACCUAUGUCUUCUACCUGAUCAUAGCCGCCCUCGUCGUGAUCGGUGUUCUUUAUGCCAUCAUCGGUCACCUCAUGAAGGACCUCAUGCACGACUUUGCAGACUGGGUGUUUGGGGUGCAGCCCGAGGAAGUAGUGGUGAACUACUGCGAGGCCAAAGAUAAGUUCCUGGCAGACUGGUGCCCAGAAACCUCCCCCGAACUAGAAGCGUUGGCCCGGGCCGAGGAGAACAAGAUGUUUGACAAGGACACCAUGAAAGCCCCCGCCAUCUGGAUCAUCUCUGCAGAACCCAGGGGGAGCAGGUCGGGACCCCACGUGAUCUUUGAGAAGAGGCACUGAGGGGAAAAAAGAAGAUGCCAUUAGAUUAGAGACUUGUUGUUGAAGCAGCUGGAUCUUCUGCAUCUUGGUGUUACUCUACUGAGUUGUGCGGUGACUGAAUGGCUGUAAGACGCUUUAAGGCCAUUGUGUUGUGAUGACACAGGCGUUUGUGUCUGGAGGAGCUGAGCCUCCGUGCACAGUGGUGUGAUGAGGACAUCUAGUGUGUGUCUGCUGUCAUUGCAGCAGAUUUGCAGUAAUGCGCAAUAAUUCAAAUGAAAGAUAUGAAGAAAAUAGAUUGAAGAAGCAAAAAAUAAAUAAAUGUAUGACAAAAUGUUGUUUUAAAGGUUUAAGUUGGCCUUUUUGUGUGUAAAUGACAGAAAACACACAUGUCCAUUUCUCUUCAGUAGUGCGGCUAUGAUAAGUGUUAGCAGAAAGUAGAACCCAAUUUUAAUAAACUCAGGUGGAAAUUAAUUUAUGUGUGUAUAUAUU